AUGGCCAACGAACAAAAAAGGCUUUCAGGAACCUCCAUCCUCUCCCUUCCGACCGAGGUGCUAUCCGAGGUGCUUGCACGUGUCGCAUCUUCUUCAUCAACUGAUCUUUUCCGGGCAAAACUGUGCUGUAAGUUGCUUAACGAAGUUUCGGACGCAGACAUCGUUUACCAGCGGGUGUCACUCGCCAAGUUCGAACUCGUUCCGUGGCACAAAAACCACAAAGUGUCGAGCUUCUUGAAGAAGUGUAGACAAUGCAAAAAUCCAGAUGCACUGUAUCGAAAAGGAGUGGUUGAUUUCUUUACGGACAAGCAUGGGGACUCAGCAUUGGAAUGCUUGGAAGAAGCUGCUAAUUCAGGCCAUGCCGAUGCUGCAUAUGCGUUGGGAAUAAUUUACAUCUUUGUUGGUGGGGACGAGUUAAAGCGCAAAGGUAUGAGCCUGCUGAGCGGGAUGAAAAAAUCCGGAAUUCUGAAAGGCAGAGUGAAACUUUGCCGUGACAAUUUGCGAGCGCUGCUGAGGAUGAUAUAG